GACAUCCGUGUGCAAAGACAUUCAGUUAUCUGUAUAUGUGAAAGUUAUUCAAAGAUGUCGCAGCAAUUGAUUGCCAUAAUGCUUGUGUUGGUGUUGGUAGGAUGUCCUAAUAUGGGCGUAGAUGCCAGCAUAUGCAUGCCAUGUCUUACAAAGGCAAUGACUUGUGGAUAUAUUUUGAAAGAACCCAAAAGAGGGAACUGUUUCAUUGAGCAUGAUAAGUGUAAGGAAAAUGCUUGCAAGGAAGACAAGAUAAAAAAAAAUGCUGACUGUUGCCCAAAAGAAAAUAAUUCUGUUAAUGGAUAAUUGAAAUAAAAAUGAUUGGAAAAU